GAGGCGGUUCAGUGCCAUUGACGUGGAGCGGGUGGCCCGGGAGCUGGACGUGACCACGCUCCAGGAGAACAUUGUCGGCGUCACCUUCUGUAACCUGGACUCUGAAAAGUGCCCGCACUGCCAGCAGCCCAUAGACCCAGUUCUCCUGAAGGUCCUGAAGAUGGCGCAGCUGACCAUCGAGUACUUGCUGCACUCGCAGGAGUACCUGAGCGCCAGCGUGGCGCUGCAGGAGGAGCAUCUGCGGAUGGCCCAGGAGGAGCUGAAGCGCACCAGGCAGGAGCUGGACAAGCAGGCGGAGGAGCUGAAGGGGGUAAAGGAGGAGAGCCGGAGGCGGAAGAAGAUGAUUGCCACCCAACAACUCCUCCUGCAGGCUGGGACCAAUAACUACCACAAGAUUUAGAAAUCACGUAUUAAAAGCAUCGUCUGUCAGACUGACAGAGUAUGGAAUUUGGACUGAGUGGA